AUGCAAUCACUAAAUUGCACCGUAUUUGGAAUAUUGGCUAUUAUCGCAAUUUUAUUUGCUAUUCUAAUUAUCGUCAAAAUCAAGACACAAAUUGGAUUUUUGGCAAAAUCUUAUCAACCAUUUGUUUUCUGGAUAUCUACUUUCGUUUUGAUACUUGCAUUAUUGGCUGUUAUUUUAUCAGCAACAAUGAUAGGUAUUGAAACUUUGAAUGCAAAAACUACUGUGGAAAAAUAUAAAGAAGGUAAUUAAUUAUUAUUUCCAAACUGAUUCAAAAAUGUUUUGGAAAUUUCAGAGACUACAACAACUCUUUUAAAUUCGCAUAAAACAAUAUCGGAUGCAAUCGAUGAAGAUGCUGUCGAAAAAUGUGUUGACGAUGUGAAGCGAAUUGUUAAAACCGAUGCUCCAUUCAAUGCAAUGGUAAACAAAUUCAGUUUUGAUGAAGUCAAAGAGGUAAAUGCGAAAACUGAGAUUUAAAAAAAAACUUUUUAUUUCAGAAACACCAAGAUGCUAAAAGACAAUUGGAGGAUCGCAAUGAUUUGUUUUCGGAUGUUUCUCAGGUUUUCUACAAUCUAAAAUGUAAUACAUUGUCUGACACAACUAGAAAUGCAAUGAAAACUAUCGGAGAGACUCUUUAUAACAUGGAUCAAUCCAUAAAAUCUGAUCUUUUCGGAAAACUUAUUAACACAAUCGACGAAUCUGUGACGAAAAUAAAAAAAGAACUUCGAAAAAUAUAUUUCGAUGAUGAUGAAAUCGAUAGUUCGUUGUUAGAACCUAUGACCGAAGAUUUGGAAGCUCUCAAGGUAUAUUAUGCUCACAAAAAGUAUCUUUUGAGGGAACGGACUCACAGGGGUUUUUUCACUACCGAGUCAAUGCAAAAUUGUAAUCGAGCAAAUAGGCUCCGCCUAUCUUUUUCCGCACAGACAUGUGGGCGGAGCUUAGGUUUUCAGAUUUUCAAAAAGAAAAUUGAAAAACCCUUUGGCUCAAAAGACACACAAAUAAAAAGAAAAAAGUCGGGCUAUAUGUGUGUUUGCAGCGACCGACAUCUCGCGAGGCCGGCCACACGCUAUUGUUUUUUUUGUCGACCACGUAGCGUGCUGUUUGCGGAGGUUUUUUGUCGUCAGAUAAAAUGUUUUGUACGUGAUUAAUUCUCGGUAGUAAUAAAACCCCUGUGGACUGAAAAAAAAUGAUAAUUUAUAACAAAUCAAUAUUUAAAAAAAAAUAGAACCGAAUGUUUUCAGGAGAAAAUCACUAAAAUGAUAGAAUUCGAUGAGAAACCAACAAGAAUAAUGUUUAUCAUAUUCUUGGUUGUUUAUGGUAUCUAUUCAUCUGCUUCGAUUAUUACAACUUCAAUUGCAAUUGUUGGAUGUGUCAAGUGGUUUCGAAAACGAUCCGAACCAACGAAACUUAUGACUUAUCCAGUUUAUGCAAUGGUUCUUUUGCUUUUCCUCACUUCAAUCACAUUUCUUUUCUUUUAUUUGGAAAUUAUUGAAGAUUUGAAUAUUUGUGGUGUUCAACAGAAUGAUCAAAUGUGAGAUUUAACCCUAACAAUCGAAAAAUCUCUUCCAAUAUUUGAUCUUUCAGCUUUUUUGAUUCUGUAUGUCCAUCUUCAAAUGCCACAUUCUUCUCAACUCCCAAAUCAACCAAUAGUUUUUCGAGCAAAGCAGUUGGCGAAAUAUUGAAAUUCGACCGGUUAUCAUUUGAAUUUUCUUUCAGACUCCAGAACAGUUUAAAAUCGAUUGUUAUUCCGGAUGAUUUGAGAUCGAAUUAUGACACAAUCGGAAAACUUGCUAAUGAUUUGUCCAAAGUGAAGAACGAUUGUACAUUCAAUAAGGAUUAUAUCACUUAUUUGGAUCGUCUUCACACAUUAUUGGAAAAGAAUGUUCAAAGUCAUUGGGAAUUACCAGAAUCAAUUUGCGAAAAUGGACAAGAUCGAUACAAAACCCUCAUUUGCAAAUUUCUCAGUGGCUAUUGAAAAAAUCGCUUGUGGAUAUAAAUGUAAGGAUUUUUAAAAUCGAUUUCUUCCUCAAAAUUUCCAUAGCAAAGCGAUGCCACGUGAAAACCCUUUUGGAAACAUCUAGAUAUUUCCUGUCAAAAAAAAUCAAAAUUACUCCGGGAGAAUUACACGAAAUACAUUUCGUGGUGGGACACACAUGUCGAUUUGGCAAAUACCGAAUGGGUUCGCAAAAUGCCUCCGAAGGCAUUUUCGAAUGCCUCCGCAAAAUGCCUUCGCGGUACCAAAUCGAAAAGCCUCCGCGAAUUCAAAAUGAAUCCGCGGUUCAUAUUCCAAAAAUGUCGAAAUGCCUCCGGGGUUUCAAAAUGACUUCGCGCCACCAAAUCAAAAUGCCUUCGCAAAUUCUAAAUGACUUCGCGGUGAAUAUUUUGAGACUGUCAAAAUGGGUCCGCGAAACAAGGCCUUUCAACACGUUUUGAGCUACAAAUUUCAAUUGUUAUUUUCCAGAUUUUUUUAAAGUCUGAAAAAAGGAGAAAUUUUUUUCAAUAUUUUGAUUGUUCAAGUUCCAAAUUUAGGCCUAGGCUUAGUUAACGUUUUUAAAUGUAGUUUUGAAUGUUUCCUGCACCUUUCUGGGCGUUUAACUAAGCCUAAGCCUAAUAUCCGAACUUGUAUAACCAAACUAUCGUCUAAGUUUCUAGGCUUAGGCUUAGUGAACGCCUUGAAAAUGAUAAUUCUCAUUGAAAAUCAACUUUUUGGCCAAAAAUGUGUUGAAAAGUACACCUUGUUCGCGAAGUCAUUUUGACAUUCUUGAAAUUUUUACCGCGGAGUCAUUUAGAAUUCGCGGAGGCAUUUUGAUUUGAUAGCGCGGAGUCAUUUUGAAGCCCCGGAGGCAUUUCGACAUUUUUGAAAUAUCGAGCGCGGAGUCAUUUGGAAUUCGCGGAGGCUUUUUGAUUUGGUAGCGCGAAGGCAUUUUGCGGAGGCAUUCGAAAAUGCCUCCGGAGGCAUUUCGCGAACCCAUUCGGUAUUUGCCGUCGAUUUACGGCGCCUCCCUUGAUUUUAUUUUUUUCGUUUUUUUCCCGGAAAAUGUUGAAAAAGGGGAAAAAGGGGAAAAAGGGAAAUGUGCCGAUUAUAAAUUAUUGACUUUUCAGAAGGCCAACUUUGUUUGCAACCACAUCUAUGAAUAUGGUCAAGGAAUUUGUAUUUUGGCUGGAGAUAUCUUGGAUAUUUAUACAACUUCGGUAUAUUUAUUGCUUAUGGCACAAUUGUUCUCAAUUCUCGCAAAUAGUUUUUUCUGUAUGAUGGCUGAAUGCUGGAAGAAACAUGAUGAAAUGUUGAAGGAGAAUUCGAGAAAAGAGAAGGAGAGAAUUGAAAAGCUUGAAAAAGAAGCGGUUGAAAGAAUCAAAGAGAAGAAAGCUAAACUCGGCACACCGCUACAAUUUUCGGAUCAAAACCAACAAUUGGAUGAGAAACUGAAAGAAAGGUCAAUUGUUUUUCCUCUAUUGUUUAUCGUCUAA